GCCUCUUCUUCCACACUCUCAUCUGGAUUAGUAGAGCACUUCAAGAAGGCUAAGUAAUUGUCCUUGAUUUCCCAUCGAAGAUGAAGAUCGGCAACUUCAAGAAGGUGGCCGCGUUGUGCAAGAGCAAGACCGUCGUCCUAACGGCCAGGCUGCUCGUCCUCGCAUCGCUCCGCCGCAGGAUUGCCACCAUCGGUGUCAUCUCUCAGGGUAUCCAUUCGCUCAUGGUGGGCAACGACCGGGGGACGGACAGUGAUAAAGCCAUCAUGCCGCGCAAGGGGUUGGGGGGCGGCGCGCUUCAUCGUGGACACACCGUUGAUAUUUCUAAUCAGUUGGCACUGUUUCAUGAAGAAGAUGGUGAUGCUGGUGUUUGCCCUAACUGGACCUUGCACUCCAUCUUCGACGAUGAUAAUUGUUGCUACAAUGACUACGACCUCGAUGAUGGUGAUCAUGAUAUCCACGACAUGCUACUUGAUGCGUGUGAUGAUGACCACAAUGAGAACGAGCCGUCGGUGAUGGAUGUGAUCAGGAGUAAUCGGGAGGUGGAGGGGUUGGAGUUCAAUGUUGACGAUGAGAUCGACCAGGCUGCCGACAUGUUCAUCAACAGGUUCCGGAACCGGAUGAGCCAGAGUUUGUAGCUUCUUUUCGCACUGACCAAGUAACAAUAGAUCCAUAUGCUGGGUGAGACCAAGUGAGAUCGGUAUACUGUAGCUACCUAGUGAUGCAAGGUCAUGGUGAACAGCUUGUGGUGGUGUACAUAAGCAUAUAUACAAGUGUUCCUGUACAAUAUUGUACCAAUUUUCUCAUGAGAUGUUUCUUCUUUUUCUAGUGAAAUUUAUCCAUCUCGAUGUCUCCUUUUUAAUAGUACUUUGUCGAAGACAAGUGAGAUAAUAUAGGAGUGAA